UUUUCUCAAUGUUAUUCUGUGUUCCUACGUUACGUUGACAUAACAUUCUUUGAGGUGAAAAUAAUGUAUGAUUCAUCAUAAUUUGCAUUUUUACCCUAAAGAUAAGGGAAUUAACAGCAUUAAAAAUGUCCAGAACUCCAAUAAGUGUUUCCAGUAGUUUACCAUCAAGAAGUAUCUCGCCAACCAAAAUCUUCUCAUAUGUCAAAGGGCGUCAAGGACCAAUCAGAGACAGACCAGGAACUUCAUAUUGUGCAACUUUGAUGCAUCAUGUAAAAGGGAAUAUUGGAACUGGAAUUUUUGCCAUGGGAGAUGCGAUGAAAAACGGAGGUUUGGUCAUGGGACCUGCUGGUCUAACCUUUUUAGGAUUCCUUAAUCUGUAUUGCCAACACCAACUGGUGCAAGCAGCUGAUCAAGUAGCUUUUAACCAUGAUUACAAUGUGAAACCGGACUACGCAGAAACCGUGAUGGUAGGAUUCAUGGAUGGUCCUGAAAGAACGAGGAAUCUUUGUUUCUUCAUGAAAAGACUUGUGAAUACUUUUCUGAUCAUUACUGAGAUGGGAUUCUGUUGUGUAUAUUUGGUUUUUAUCGGGGAGAGCUUAGAAAAGAUUUUAGCGAUAUACGGUAUUCAUGACUUCAGUACGAGAUUGUUAAUAUUGUUCACUGUUCUACCGAUUUGGCUCUUGACUUUGAUGAAUAAUCUAAGGGUGCUAGUUCCUGCUUCACUAGUGGCGAAUAUCUUUACAUUCGCUGGCUUGCUGAUCACUCUUUAUUACAACUUUGUGGAUAUACCGGACCCGUGGAGAUUGCCUCUGAUUGCAGAUUGGCACAAAAUACCCUUGUUCUUUGGAACUGCAAUAUUUUCAUUCGAAGCUAUCGGAUUGGUUCUUCCGAUGUACAACGAAAUGAAGAAUCCUAAACAUUUCAACACUUGGUAUGGUGUGAUGAACAUUGGUAUGACGUAUGUCAUCGUUAUGAAUACAGUGGUUGGAGCAUCGUCAUACAUUCGAUGGGGUGAAGAUAUAAAAGCAAGUGUGACACUUAAUCUACCAGCAGAAGUAGAAAUUUUAGCUCAAUUAGUUGUAAUACUCAUAGCAAUCUCUGUUGCUUUCACCUACAUUCUACAAAUGUAUGUUGCAUUCAUGAUUAUGUUUCCAUGGAUAUAUAGAAAAUUUGGACCGUUCCGGUUUCAAUAUUGGGUUGAAGUCUUAUUCAAGACGUUCUUAUCAGCAAUAGCUUAUAUCCUCGCUGAAACGAUACCUUAUCUUGGAGAGUUUAUAUCCCUUGUCGGUGCAAUUGGUGGUACCUCGCUAGCACUGGUAUUUCCACCUUUGCUGGAACUGGUAACUUUCUAUGAGACCAUCGGAUGCUUUGGGAUAUUCAAGAACAUUGUUAUCUUAGCAAUAGGUUUUACUGGAAUUGUAACAGGAACAUAUGCGGCAUGUAACGAAAUCUUUCUGAAAUUUAUGGAGAGUCUUCACUGAAACGAAAUCGAUGAAAGAACAGUUGAAAACUUGACAGAGAUCGCGAUCUAAAACCGUUCUAAACGUAUAUUUAAUCAAUUCUACAGCAUAGCACAUUAUAUACUUUUGUUUUGAAUGGUAAUUUUGAAUAAAAACAUAUAUUUCCA